GUAUUAAUUUAAUUUACUCUUUGCUCUAGUUCUAGUCUUGUCUCUGUCUCGUACUCUGUGGGCGGUUCUCGUUGGGGCGGGUCGUCUCUGCAAUUCCAUUUUAAUCGUUAGUUCGUGUAUUAUAAUUUUAAAGUGUAGGGCGACCCGAAACCAUACCCGACUAAGUACUUAAUUAAAUCAGAAACAAUGUUACAUCUAAAGAAUAUCGCCAAAACUGUUGUGCCGCCCCUCAAAAACACCAUUCAAAAUGAAGGAGUGAAUAAUAUGCUAAGAGUCGUGCCUGCCGCAGUGAACGUUAGUUGCCGUACUUAUGCAAGCCAUGAAAUCCCAGACAGGCUCAAAGAUAUACCGACGAGUGCAAAUCCACGAUUCUUCGACAUGGUGGAGUACUUUUUCCAUCGGGCGUGUCAAGUGAUUGAAGACAAAUUGGUCGAAGAUAUGAAAUCUAGGGUUUCCAUCGAAGAGAGGAAGAAGAAGGUCGCCGGUAUUCUGAAACUGAUGCAGCCAUGUGAUCACAUCAUCGAAAUACAAUUCCCGCUGCGUCGCGAUUCUGGCGAUUACGAAAUGAUCCUCGGGUAUCGAGCUCAACAUUCUUCCCACAGAACCCCAACAAAAGGAGGUAUACGAUUCUCAACUGAUGUGACGAGGGACGAGGUCAAGGCCCUGUCGGCCCUGAUGACGUUUAAAUGCGCCUGCGUCGAUGUGCCAUUCGGUGGCGCCAAGGCCGGCAUCAAGAUCAACCCCAAGGAAUACUCCGAGCAUGAACUGGAGAAGAUCACCCGACGAUUCACACUUGAGUUGGCAAAGAAGGGCUUUAUUGGGCCCGGCGUGGAUGUGCCCGCCCCUGACAUGGGCACUGGCGAGCGCGAGAUGUCGUGGAUCGCUGACACGUACGCCAAGACCAUCGGCUUCCAGGACAUCAAUGCCCACGCUUGCGUCACGGGCAAACCCAUCAACCAGGGUGGUAUCCACGGCAGAGUGUCUGCCACCGGCAGAGGUGUCUUCCACGGUCUAGAAAACUUCAUCAAUGAAGCUAACUACAUGAGCAUGAUUGGCACGACGCCCGGCUGGGGCGGCAAGACGUUCAUCGUUCAGGGCUUCGGUAACGUGGGGCUCCACACGUGCCGCUACCUGGUGCGCGCCGGCGCCACCUGCAUCGGCGUCAUCGAGCACGACGGCGCCAUCCACAACCCUGACGGCAUCGACCCCAAGGCUCUGGAAGACUACAGGAUCGAGAACGGCACUAUCGUGGGCUUCCCCGGCGCCAAGCCGUACGAAGGAGAGAAUAUGCUGUUUGAGAAGUGCGACAUCCUUGUGCCCGCUGCCAUCGAGCAGGUCAUCCACAAGGAGAAUGCGCACAAGAUCAACGCUAAGAUUAUCGCGGAAGCCGCCAACGGCCCGACAACACCAGCUGCAGACAAGAUCCUGAUCGACCGCAACAUCCUGGUCAUCCCGGACCUGUACAUCAACGCUGGUGGUGUCACCGUCUCCUUCUUCGAAUGGCUGAAGAACCUCAACCACGUCUCGUACGGCCGUCUCACAUUCAAAUAUGAACGUGAAUCCAAUUACCACUUAUUGGAAUCUGUACAAGAGUCUUUGGAGAGACGAUUCGGCCGCGUCGGCGGUCGCAUCCCCGUCACCGCCUCAGAGUCCUUCCAGAAGAGGAUCUCUGGUGCUUCCGAGAAAGAUAUUGUGCACUCCGGCCUCGACUACACCAUGGAGAGGUCCGCCAGGGCCAUAAUGAAAACUGCCAUGAAAUUCGACCUGGGUCUGGACCUGCGAACAGCCGCGUACGCCAACUCCAUAGAGAAGAUCGUGACGACAUACGCGGACGCCGGUCUCGCAUUCUAAACAACUCACUACGAAUUUAAGUAUUGUCUGCAUUUUGAAGACUAUAUAGUCCCCUUUGCACUUAAGUAUAACUUUUAAGACAUAAUCACAGUAUUGUAUUAUUUUUUUUUUCGUUGUAAAAUCAUGGCUUUUUUAUUUUUAAACUUUAAGCGAAAUAUUGUUAUACCUGUAAGUGAUUAUUUAAAUUUCCGAUUAUAUCAAUUUUAAUUUUCGAAAUAAAUUGUUUUACUGUU